AUGUCUAAUCUAGACGUUGAGGCACUGCUCGACGCUACGGCUAAGAACCCAGAGAAAAAGCCGAAGAGCCCUGAUGCUGAACGUUCCAAAGAUGAUGAACGUGAUGGCAGCCGUGUGAGAGACAGAGAUCGAGACUACGAUCGUCGCCGCCGAGAUCGUCGAGACUACAGCCUUACUCGAAGCCGCCGAGAAACACCUGAUGCGGGCACUCCCCGUAGCGACACUGGCAGCCAUAAAAGUAGGCGGAGAAGCAGGAGUCGUGAUGAUGACCGCCGUCACUCACGCCGCCACAGAGACGGCGACUACUAUCGCGGUGGACGACGCUCGCGAGAUAGACGAGACCGAUCCGACCGUUACUCUAAUGAUUACGGCCGUGGCAGAGAUGAUGAUCGUAAUGAUACACGCAAUGAGGGAGGCAAUGCCCCGCUUACGGAAGACGAGCGAGACCGACGCACCGUCUUUGUCCAGCAGCUUGCUGCUCGAUUGCGGACUCGUGAAUUGAAAGAAUUCUUUGAAAAGGUCGGAGCUGUUAAUGAGGCUCAGAUUGUCAAGGAUCGAAUCAGCGGACGGUCCAAAGGUGUCGGCUACGUUGAGUUCAAGAAUGAAGACUCGGUUCAGCUAGCCCUCCAACUUACCGGACAGAAACUCUUAGGCAUCCCUGUCAUCGUACAGCAUACGGAAGCCGAGAAGAAUCGCCAAGCUCGCAACCCAGACUCAUCGAAUGGCCACCCCAAUUCCAUUCCCUUCCACCGCCUCUAUGUAGGGAACAUUCACUUCAAUGUCACGGAGCAAGAUUUGCAAGCUGUAUUUGAGCCAUUUGGAGAACUGGAGUUCGUUCAACUCCAAAAAGACGACAACGGACGCAGCCGUGGCUAUGGGUUUGUUCAAUUCCGAGACGCAGGUCAAGCUCGCGAAGCUUUGGAAAAGAUGAAUGGCUUUGACUUGGCUGGUCGUCCUAUUCGUGUUGGCCUUGGCAACGAUAAGUUUACCCCUGAGAGCACUGCCAACCUAAUGCACAAAUUUUCCGGUGGCCGUGGCCAGCAGUCUACAUUUGACCGAGCUGGAGGCCGCGAUAGCGAAAAGACUGGCGGUGCUAGCGCUUUGGAUGACACAGACGUUGCUGGUGUCAACUUUAACAACUAUAGUCGCGAUGCAUUGAUGAGAAAGCUUGCCAGGACCGACGAAGCCCCGACCAAUGGCAAUGACGAACGCCAACAGAUCCUCAAGCCCAAAACGGAGACGAAGCCCCUCCCUGUCAACGUCAACAUGGCGAGCCGUUGUGUUGUGUUGCACAACAUGUUUGACCCCACAGAAGAAGAGGGCGACGACUGGGUCAAGGAGCUCGAAGACGAAGUUCGCCAGGAAGCCGAAGAACGAUAUGGACAUGUUGUUCACAUCUCAGUCGAUCCGAACUCCAAAGGAGAUAUUUAUCUCAAGUUUGACAAAGUCCAAGGCGGUGAAAAUGCCAUCAAGGGUCUCAACGGUAGAUACUUUGGCGGCCGAAUGAUCGACGCGUCACCUGUUGUAGACGCCGUCUACAGCAGUUUGUUCUCUCGCACCCGGGCAAUCUGA